CACCCACCCACCCACCGUCCCUCCCACGACCGCCACGAUGAAGACGACAUGGAAGGACAUCGCGCCGGUGCCAACGUCGCAGGAGUUCCUGGACAUUGUGCUCUCCCGCACCCAGCGUCGUUUGCCAACACAAAUUCGAGCUGGAUUCGCAAUCACUCGUAUUAGGUCGUUCUAUAUGCGCAAGGUCAAAUACACCGCCGAGACCUUUUCCGAAAAGCUGUCUGCUAUCCUCGACGGCUUCCCGCGACUCGCAGAUAUCCACCCCUUCCACAAGGACCUGCUCAACACUCUCUACGACGCAGACCAUUUCCGAAUUGCUUUGGGUCAGUUGAACACCGCGAAGGGACUCAUCGAGACUGUGUCGAGAGACUAUAUUCGUCUGCUCAAAUACGGCCAGUCUCUGUACCAAUGCAAGCAGCUCAAACGGGCGGCGCUUGGUCGCAUGGCCACAAUCUGCAAGAGACUGAAGGAUCCGCUGGUAUAUCUCGAGCAAGUACGACAGCAUCUUGGUCGUCUGCCCAGCAUCGACCCAAACACCCGCACUCUUCUGAUUUGUGGAUACCCAAAUGUUGGCAAGUCGAGCUUCCUCAAGAACAUCUCUCGUGCAGAUGUAGACGUACAACCAUACGCUUUCACGACGAAAAGCUUGUUCGUGGGACACUUCGACUACAAGAUGCUGCGGUUCCAGGCGAUUGACACGCCCGGUAUCUUGGACCACCCGCUUGAGGAGAUGAACACCAUUGAGAUGCAGAGUAUUACAGCAAUUGCUCAUCUGAGGAGCGCCAUCAUGUAUUUCAUGGACCUCAGCGAGCAGUGUGGCUACAGCGUGCACGCGCAGAUUGCUCUGUUCGAGAGCAUCAAGCCGCUCUUCGCCAACAAGCUUGUUUUCAUCGUGAUCAACAAGAUUGAUGUGAUGAGACCAGAAGAUCUUGACGUGGAGACCCAGGAAAAGCUGGCAGGUCUACAGAAGAGCUCAAACGUGGAAAUGCUUCAACUCUCUUGCACCACGACUGAAGGUCUCAUGGACGUACGGAAUUCCGUUUGCGACAGACUUCUCGCGGAACGUAAUGCUCAGAAGCUGCAGGCGGGCACAAACGCUGCUGGAGAGGUCACAGGACGAAUGGGUGACGUUCUGAAGCGUAUCCACGUUGCACAGCCCAUCGGCGGCGUCAAGUGGGAACCUAGUAUUCCAGAGGCCGCACUUCGCAAGAUCAAAUUCGACAAGGACGACCCGAACCGCAAGAAACUUCUCCGCGAGAUCGAAGAAGAGAAUGGCGGCGCUGGUGUCUUCAACGUCAACCUGAAGGACCAGUACCUCCUCGAAAAUGACGAAUGGAAGAACGACAAGAUUCCCGAAGUGCUCAACGGCAAGAACGUGUACGACUACUUUGACCCAGACAUUGAGGAGAAGCUCAAGGCACUUGAGGAGGAAGAAGAGGCGAGGGAAGCUGACGGCGUGUAUGAUGAAGAGGAGGAUCUGGAAGACGCCGAAGAGGCGGACAUUGCAUACAAGGCCGAGCUGAUCCGGGAGAAGAGACAGCUUAUCCGCAACGAGAACAAGAUGCGCAAGAGUUUGAAGAAUCGCGCUGUGAUACCGCGUUCGAAGAAGGCUGUCGAGAUGGAAAAGAUGGACGCUGCACUGAAGAACGCGGGCUACGACACAUCCGCCAUCCAAGAACGGGCUCGUGCUGCCUCCAGAGGUCGUGGCAGGAGUCGGGCAGGCACAGACGAUGCUUCCAUGGCCGAUGGUGACGACGAUGGAAUGGAGAUUGAUGAGACGCCACGACAACGUCUGGCUCGCAGCUUGUCUGUGGCUCGCACAGCGGGUCGCAGCCAGAGCAGAGUGAACAGGAGGGAGGAUGGUGUCACGAACGAGACGUCGAGGACGAAUGCCGAGCGUAUGAUGAAGUUGGGUCAAAAGAAGAUGAACCGUAUGGCGAGACAGGGAGAGGCAGAUCGUCAUCAAACUGCCAGCAAGAGCAAGUGGUUAUUGGCUGGCAAGCGUGGCAUGGGCAGCACGAGAUCUCGUUGAAAACGGCCACGUCGUUCGGUUCUGUUCUGUUCUGUUCUGUUUGGCGUUUCUGGUAGCAUGAUGCAGGAGGGAGAGGAAACUGGUGUUCUGGCGUAACAUGUCAGUCAGCUACAGGAUUUCAUGUGGUGGAGACACAAUAAUGCCAUACCGUUGUGAAAAGUACCACACUUGUUAUCAU